AUGAAUCUGUUGCUGCUCGCUACCGUCGCGUCCCUAUGCGCUCUCGGCUCUUUUGCCAAAGCCAAUGAAUGCAGUGCUCAACAAUUUGUCUAUUUCAUUAGGAAAUACAACAAAGAGUAUUCUUCCCCCGCAGAAUACUUCUCUCGGAUGAAAGCGUAUCUGAGGAACUGCCGCGAAAUUUAUGAGCACAACGAACGCUAUAAAAAGGGCCUGGAAACCUUCGAAAUGGAGAUCAACCAGUUCGCAGACUCCUACGAGGACGAGCGAUAUUUUACCGGGGAGCUACCGACCGAUGAUCCUGAGGAGUUUGAAACUUUGCCUUAUCAUUUCUCUCGAAAUAUAGAUGUGCCCAAAGAAGUCGACUGGAGGAGCAAAGGCGUCGUCACACGCGUCAAAAAUCAAGGUCCAUGCGGAUCAUGUUGGGCAUUUGGAGCGACUGCGGUAGUGGAGAGUCAAUACGUGCUGCAGACGAGAAACAAACUGACCGUACUGAGCGAGCAGAGCCUGCUCGACUGCGAAACUAGCUCCUCUGGCUGCAGCGGUGGAUCGACAUGGAAUGCUGUGAAAUUCGUGAUGAAGCACGGAAUAGCACGCGACGACGACUACCCUUACACGCACGUCAAAGGCAAGUGCCAGUGCAAAGAGAAGAGCUGCUCCGAUCACCCCGAGAUCCUAAAGGUUCUCAGGCUGAGGUCGAAUAGCGAGGAGGAGCUGAAGAUGGUCGUCGCCUUCCUCGGACCCGUCGCCUUUAAUUUUGACGGCGCAGUCGCGUCUUUCCAGCAAUACAAAAAGGGCGUUUACUCAGCGUCAGAUUGCAGAGGAAAUACUAAAAAUCACAGCAUGGCGAUUGUGGGCUACGGAACGGAAAACGGCCAAGAUUAUUGGCUAGUCAAAAACUCGUGGGGUCCUUAUUGGGGUGAUAAAGGUUACGUUAAAAUAGCACGCAACAAGAACAAUUUCUGUGGCAUCGCUAUUAAUGUUUUUCUGCCUAUGUACAAGACAAGACGACCCUGGUAA